GUCUUAUGAAGUUGUCAGAAACUUUGACAAUAUAAUCAUGGACUGCUAGGCCGGUAUUCAUAGUCCAAGCUUGAGUUUCAAGACGAUCUUAAGCCCGUUCUCAAGACCAAAAUCGAUUCAUAGUUCUUGCUUAAGAUCGAUUCUCAAGUUGAAACUUGAAGUCGGUCUCAAGGUAGAACUGCAGUAAAUCGCCGACUUGAAAUGGUCUUGAGCUGUCAAGUUGACAGUUUCCAGUGAACAGAAGAGAGAUCGCUAGACACGCAUACAGAAUGGAGAAUACAACGGAGAAUCACGAAACACAGAAACUAUUUGGCUGUAUUGAAUCAUAUGGAGCAAAAUGCAAUCCUGGCUAGAGCAGGACACAUCGUGUCCCACUUGUCGAUUGGGUCCGAGUAUGCAAGCGAAUCACAGAGAGAACACUCCAGAGAUGCCACCCGAACCACAGACUCCUACGAGAAGAAACGGUAAUCAUUUCUUCCUCUUUCUCGAUGCAUCGAGAUACGUGUCUUGGUUGCCCAGCUUCUCCGUCGAGGUUUCGCACAACAGAUUACGUGGCAACAUAUCUACAUUGGCGCACACUAAUUCCCAGAUGGAUGCUAUGGCGCGACAGGUACAACUACUCUUCCCCCAUUUUUCUCGCAAUAUAAUCCUAGAAGACCUUAGAAUGACUCGAUCGGUCGAAUGGACAAUUGAGAAUAUUUUCGACGGGGUAUUAACUAUACCACAUCAUUUAAUCGAAGAACCGCAAGAAGAAUCCGUCCCACAAAUACAAACGGCUAUGACGAAUAUUGUGCCCAGCUCUUCUAUUCAAAAUUCACCAGAUCCUAGAUUCGAUAUUCCUGUUGCCGACAGCGGAGAAGAACCUUCGAGCCUUGGUGGUCGUUUCUCGAAAUCAUCUGCCGAGUGAGAAGUUAUACUUCAACGACGGAAAGAACACAUGCGAUUAACGGCACGCAGAAGGGCGUCGUCGAGGUGACCAACUGCUUUUGCG